AAAAAGCAGCCAAAGCUUUUCCUUGCCGGAUCCGCUUCCCACCACCUUUGCUCCGGGCAUGGUUUUCUCCGGUUUCUCCCGCGAGACCCUCCUGGGGGGCACGGCGGCUGUUGGGGCGGCGCUGGCGGUGGGCUUCCUGGCGGGCAGAAGAUACCGUGGGUCAGAUUUAUUCGCCUUUGGCACCUCCGGCCAUUCAUGCGGCUUCUUGCAAGGGACUGGCAACCUACACAAAUACGUCUUGGAUCAUUCGGUACGAGAGCAUCCACUUUUGAAGAAGCUGAGAUUGGCUGCAACUUCUACUCCUGGCAAAAAGCUGUGGAUCUCUUGUGAUCAGGCCCAGUUGGUGACAAACCUGAUCAGGCUUGUUGGAGCAAAAAAGGUAAUUGAGAUAGGAGUUUCUGCUGGGUACAAUACUUUAAGCAUGGCUCUAGUCCUACCAGAAGAUGGCAGAAUCGUUGCCUGCGAGAUCAAUGAAGAUUUGGCCAGUAUCGGAAAGCCAGUGUGGAAAGAGGCCGGGGUGCUACGUAAGAUCGAUCUAAGGAUAAAACCAGCCAUUGAAACGUUAGAGGAACUUCUGGCCAAUGGUGAAGCUGGAACAUUUGACCUGGCUUUCAUCCAUGCGGACAAAGAGAGUUACAACGAUUACUAUGAAAAAUGUUUACGGCUCAUAAAAAAAGGGAAGAUAUUAGUUCUUGACAACGUCUUGGUAUCGGGAAAAGUACUUAAACCAGGCAAAAGUGAUCGCGCAGCCCAGCAUAUUCAUCAGCUAAACGAAAAAAUCUUCCACGAUCCUCGUGUGAACAUCAGUAUGAUCCUGAUUGGAAAUGGGAUAACUUUAGGAUUUAAGCUAUAGUUAAGGAGGGGAAGGAAGGUAGGAUACGCUGAGCACUCUCACUCCUCAGGGAUAAUGAUUUAGAGUUGUGAAAUUGUCUAUUUUGUCCUUAUUUCUUUAAAUGUGUUUAGGGUGGCAUCGUGCAUUACACAAAUUAAAAAAUAAUAAUAAUCCCAAAAUGUC